ACGGAAGUGACGCGUCCGAGGGAAAAAGGCAAAGCGGCUCCGGCCCGGCUGCGGAGGCACCGGUGCAGCUCUUCUCCCCAGCCUGAGGAUGGUGUCGCCGCCGCCGCCGCCACCUCCUGGCCUCCUUCCCCCUCCCGUUCCCCCCUCGCCCGGCAGCCCCUCCGGCACGCCCCCCCGCGGAUCCACGGGGCUGUUUCGAGUGCCUGCGCUCUGCCUGGCAUGGUACGCGCUGAGCGCUGGCGGGAAUGUGGUGAAUAAGGUGCUGUUGGGCACAUUCCCGCGGCCCGUGACGGUCUCGCUCUGCCACGUGCUGGGCCUGGUGGCGCUCCUGCCCCCCUUGUUGCGGGCCUGGCGCGUGCCCGCCGCCAGCCCUGCCCAGCUACCGCCUCGCGCAUAUCCGCGCCUCAUCCUUCCGCUCGCUUUUGGCAAGUACUUGGCCUCCGUCUCGGCCCACGUCUCCCUUUGGCGCGUCCCAGUUUCCUACGCUCACACCGUUAAAGCAACAAUGCCUAUUUGGGUUGUUCUCCUCUCAAGAAUCAUCAUGAAGGAAAAGCAGACAACCAAGGUAUAUUUAUCCCUCAUCCCUAUUAUUGGUGGAGUCCUGCUGGCUACAAUUACAGAACUCUCAUUUGAUACUUGGGGACUUAUCAGUGCCCUGGCUGCAACUCUCUGCUUCUCACUUCAGAAUAUUUUCUCUAAGAAGGUUUUAAGAGAUUCACGAAUACACCAUCUCCGUCUGUUGAACAUCCUUGGGUGCCAUGCUGUGUUUUUCAUGAUCCCAACAUGGGUGCUGGUUGAUCUAUCAUCAUUCCUGGUAGAAAAUGAUUUGAGUUCAAUGGCCCAUUGGCCAUGGACCAUGCUUCUCUUGGCCAUCAGUGGCUUCUGCAAUUUUGCCCAGAAUGUCAUCGCCUUCAGCAUCCUGAACCUUAUCAGCCCUCUGAGUUAUUCUGUUGCAAAUGCAACAAAAAGGAUCACGGUCAUUAGUGUCUCCCUGAUCAUGCUUCGCAACCCUGUCACCACCACCAAUGUUCUGGGCAUGAUGACUGCUAUCCUGGGAGUGUUUUUGUACAACAAGACCAAAUAUGAUGCAAACCAGGAAGCAAAAAAGCAGCUCCUUCCUAUCACAACUGGAGAUCUAACAAACCUGGAUCGGCGCUGGAGUACCCCAGAAAAGUCUCAGAAUGGACUUGCCUCCUUUGCACAUCAGGGCGAUUUCCAGUAUGGUAGCAGCAGAGGCAAUGUCCCCAUGGAUCACUUCCAGUAUUCCCGGCAGAACUAUCCAACAUUGUAUAGCUCCAGUCGCUAUGAUAUUUAGCAACGGCUUAUUCAUUGCUAAACAAUGUGAACUGUUCACAUGGAGUUUUCCCCUUCCACUUGUGUGAACUAUUUAGUCUCAAGGAAUAGCCGGGGUCUGUGCAUAUGUCCCAUGGAGGGAUAAAUGCUAUAGAAGAGGGUACUGCAUGCCAAGCACUACUUGCUAGUGGAAGAAACCACUGGGGUGGGUUUCAUCAGGUAAAAUUUGGCCAUGCAAAAGCCCCAGUCUGUACCCCGAGUCUCUGUGAUCGCCAGAUGCCCUUGAACAUGUUGGUUGUCCAUGGUAGCACAAAUGUGGCCAGUUUUUCCUUUCACUUCUAGUUUUAGAUCUUUUUGAAUUGCAUUCUGCCUUACUUUGCCAUUAAUUUACAGUUAUUUUCCAAAUGUAACAAAAACAACUCUUUUUCUCAGUCCCUCUUUUUUGUGGAAAAGAGAAAGUUUGUUGUAUUCUGUAAUGAGAGUAGCUUAGUUGCUCAUCUGCUGCCUUCGUUUGCAGAUGAGGGAUUGUCAAAAAUGAAGAAGAAGAGGGAAUCAGUUUCCAGUCUCUGGAGAAAGAAUGAAUGAAUUUAUUCUAAAAAAAAUAAUCAUGUAAUAGCACGAGUUUGCUGCUAGCACUAUGUAGCAAAUAUAGAUCUGAAAUCCUCUCCCACUCCGGUUUUAAUCAUGGUCUCAAAGCCUUUUUUGUUUGUUUGUUUUUCACCUCGUACAAAAAGUUGAAGCAAAGAGAUCUGUAUAGCAUACAAUUUGCUCCAUAGGGCAAAGUUUCUUAGUAGUAUCAUGCAGCUUCAGGAAUUAUUUUCUGAAGGUUCUGCUCUCCUAGUUUACAAGGAUCAUUUUAAAAAAACCACUAUGGGUAUUGGUCUAUCCUGAUGUCAGAUUUGGGCAUAAUUUGUGUAUAUUGUGCUGAAUUGUUUAUGUUGUCUCUUUGUAAUAAUCUUUAUACUUUCUUUCCUGCUGUGGAUGACAUUUGCUUUUUGCCUCAAGAAUUGGAGCAACAUGCUCUUUCUCUUGCACUAUGAUUAGCUGAGAUCUUCAGCAGAAGUCUGUGAUAUGUCCACUAUGCUCUUGUGAGUUUGUAAUCAUGUUUCUGGGUUGCCCAGGUAAGACAGAGGCCCUUAGCUUAUACAAGAAAGCAAGUCUUAGACAGGAGCCAAAUACCUCGCCUAGUUUUUUUUUUUAAUUUGACUGGACGCUAAUGAUGGUAGGAAGGCAAAAUAUGCACACCAUUUUAGGGUGUCCAUUUGGUUUUCUUAAAACUGCUCUCUCCUUGAGCAAAGGGAAGCUAAAGAGAUGUAAGUUCUCUAAUCUGGAUGUGGAAAAGAGAAUGCAGCUCUGGAUGAAAGGAAGCCACCCAUGCUAUAUGCAAUUGGAAAAGAAGGUUUGCAUUCUGUAAUAAAGCCCCUCAUGAAGGCUGCAAUAUGGGGAGUUGCAGGGGCUAGUAAGCGUGAGUUACUCUGGCCUUGAUCUGUUCCCAAAGGAUUUCACAAGGGGGCACUAUUUUCCUUCCAAGCUAUUUAGGCUUCAUCUCUUCUGCCUUCUCCACGACCCUCUCUUUUCAUAAUACUAAAGCAAUGAAAACAGAUGGGAAAUGGAAGAAAAUGGGCACGAACAUUUCUCUUUUUUAAGAUAGGUGCUGUAGAAGAACAAAAUAAUGAAACUUGGACUUACAUGAGCAUGCCUGGCCACUAAAUAGAAACAAAAUGAAAAUUAUUUCUAUACAAUUUGAAUAGGAAACCAGGUCACAAUGGGGGAACAUAGAUUUAUAAAAUAAAAAUAGCUAUUUCAUUUUUGAGAAGGACAUAGGAUCCCAAAAUUUAAAAGUGGAUGUAAUUCUUACAUGUGUGAACUAACUUCCACACCAAAAGUUUGUUUGUCCAAAGAUAGUGAGUAUACUUUGUGGUUUUUUUUAUAAAUUAUGAUAAAAGAAUAAAAUAAAAGAUUUGAGAUCUCAUCCAGUGUAGGACCAGUUAAGAGCAGGUUCCUAUGUUACAAUAGUUCACUUGGGAACAUAAAGUGCCAAUUGUCUAGUCUAUUUGCCUUUUUCUAGUAUCGAUUAAACAUUCCAGUCUCAUUGAUGGUGUAACAAUGCAAAGCUGAUAAUAAUUUUGAUUUUUAAGAGGCUUGCUGAGACAGGUGAUUGAAUGAACUAGGAAUGUCCAAAAUACAAUAUAAAGCAGUAAGAGCCAGUAAGUUAUAGCAUGUUGUCACAUGUUGUCCCUUUGUAUCCUUUCACACUGUCAGGUUGGACAGAGAUUAAGUUUCUCUCCAUAGACUCUCCGAAGCAGUGAGAGACAUUGGGAAUCUUGUCUUAGUAACAGGGUGUUGGUUGUAACUGGUGCAGUCCUAAUGAAAUAUUUUAGUUUUGAGUAGUUGUAGCCCAGUUAGAGCCAAGAGAAGGGAGCAGCGUGAGGCCUGACUUUGCCCUACAAGUGAUGAGAGCACAUACAUUAGUCUUAAAAAAAAAAAAUUCCAGCGAAUUUCACAUAUAUGUGAAAUUCAAUAUUUGGAUUAUUACAUUUACUCUGGGCUUGCUUGGUAUACUAAUUUUAGAUGUACCAUCUAUUCUCAUACUUGUCUUGGGAGAAGGUGACUGGUAGGAUAACAGUGCGUGUAUGUAUGUAUGCUCGGGGAGGGGUGCACGUGCACUUGUAUAUAUGUAAUUGGAAAUCCUAGUGUGUACUUGGCUUUGAGUGUGUUGUAAAAUUUCUCUAAUUCCCCCAAAGCAAAACAGUCAACUACAAUAAAGAGCUAGCUUGUAAAAGUUGUAAGGAUUAGAUCUCAGAUUCAACAAGCAACUUAUUUUUGUAAAUAAGUAAUAUCUUGUCUCUUACUAAAAGGGACAUUUUUGGUGCUUGGAAAAUUCAUGCUAUGGACUAUUUACAUAUGCCCUUGCCUUUUUUUUUUUUUUUAAUGCACAUCCCUGGAUAGCCAAAUUAAAGCCUUGGAUGACGGCUUCUGAUACCUGCAGAAGUCAAAGUGAAUUGACAAGAUUUGUAAAUACCAAAGUAUACUAGAAAGUAGCGAUGUGCAGGAUAUGCCAGGCUCCCUCAGUCUGGUGUUAGGUGUUACUUCACAUCAAUCCCAGACAAUAUGGCCAAAUUCAAUGAUAACUAGAAAUUAUGAGAAAUGAAACAGACAGAUUGGAGAAAGCUAUGCUACAGAGUUCAAGAAUAUUUGAAUAUAAUAUUCAAGUAAAGGAUAAAUUCCUUAAAACUUUUGAAGACUCUUCCUUAAGACUCCCAAUUACUUUUAGAACCGUAAUGCAAAGAAUCACUAGGAGCAUGAAGAAAAUAAAAGAACUAGAGCAGAGUCAACACAUCCUGGAAAUGCCCUUUAAUAUCUUGCUAGAGCAGUGGUUCUCAACCUGUGGGUCAGGACCCCAUUUGGGGUCGAACGACCAUUUCACGGGGGUCGCCAAACAAGGCUGUCCGCCAUUUUUCCCCCUUUUCUUUGGCCACGCCCCUGGCACCCGCUGAUGUAUAAGUGGUUGGGGGUCACCACAACAUGGGGAACUGUAUUAUGGGGUCACGGCAUUAGGAAGGUUGAGAACCACUGUGCUAGAGUAUCUUUGCUGAAACCUUUGUAUGAACACAAAUGUUAGGUUCAAACUGUAUAUUAGGCAGCAUGGCAAGUUAGUUGCUGAUUUCUGUGUCUUAAAACAUUUUUUUUCUAAGCCUCCCGUGCCCUGGGAGGAAACUUUUCAAAAAGUUAAGCCAUUUAUGAAUUGGGGCAGCUUGGGAAAGGGCUCAUGGAGGGCCCCCUCCCCCAGCCAGCUUCAGCUUUUGAGUCUGAAUAAUUUGUAAGUCUGUUCUUUUCAAACUGGCAAGAUAGACCUGCCUGUUUCCAAAUAAAUGUUUAGGAUUGUGUAGUCAGUCACUUGCCUCUCAGAGGGGCAAGUCUCAAUUAUCUGUAAAUGGCAUUGACAAUGUCUGAAAAAGAAAUAUUUAAUUGAGUUGAUAGGCGUGGAUGUAUAUAUUAUAAAUAAAUGCAGUCACUCCUGUCCUAAGUAAGGUGAACUUUUUUCAGGUUUUAUUUGUAGUGUACAGGAACCAUGAUUUUUUUAGUCUGCACAUUUAAAAAUUGGAUAAAACUAAAUGUGUUUUAAUUAUGCUUUUUAAAUAUUGAAUAUGUAAAUAAAGCUGAAUUCUGCAAAGUUGAAA